GCUAUCGGGGCGAACGUGAACAAGCCUAAACCAAAUCAAGCCAUUACCAGUCCAUAAGUCGUCUCUUUGUAUCUGGAAGAUUGUCGUGGAAAACAAAAUGUUUUCAAGGACCCGACCCCAACUGAGUCAAAGACCUCGCGUCGUCGUAGACCCCCAUCUGCACCCGGAGCCUCGGCGACGAACGCCCCCCAUUACAGAUAUCCGGCAGACAAAUGAGUACAAGGCCGCAGCGAGGCGCUGGAUCUCCACGAUCGUGGCGUUGCCUAUAUUAAUGUACACUUCAUGGGUUCUAUAUGAGAGGACAUAUGGGAAUAAGCAGCCGAAGAGGCUACGAGACCACGUCCAGCAGGAGUGAUAGUGGGAGCGAGCAUAGGAUGCUUUGUGAGCCUGAUCUUGAACUUGGCUGUGUACUAUUGCUAUCUUACGGACAAAGUUAAGCAUGAGCGUGGCGUUGCUGUAGGUGGAGUUAUUGUACAUAUU